CGAGGAGAGCGGCGAUCCCCGAGCGGGGAUACGGCCGUCCCCCGGGUUGAAGGGAGCGGCGAGGCGGAUUGCGUUUGAAGCAAUACGCACAGCUCGGUUACGGGUCGGCGUCCCCUCUCGGAGCGCCGCUUUGUUAGACGCUCUCCACACCCCUGCCAGGACCGGCGUACGGCGGCAGCGCGCCGAGAAGUGUCGCCGGCGCCAUGGCCAAGCACCAUCCGGAUCUCAUCUUCUGCCGCAAGCAGGCGGGCGUCGCAAUUGGAAGGCUUUGUGAAAAAUGUGAUGGCAAAUGUGUGAUCUGUGAUUCGUACGUGCGGCCCUGCACCCUCGUGCGCAUAUGUGAUGAGUGCAACUACGGCUCGUACCAAGGGCGCUGUGUGAUCUGCGGGGGCCCAGGGGUGUCUGAUGCCUACUACUGCAAGGAGUGUACCAUCCAGGAAAAAGAUAGAGAUGGUUGCCCUAAGAUUGUCAACCUGGGCAGUUCCAAGACAGAUCUCUUCUAUGAAAGGAAAAAAUAUGGAUUCAAGAAGAGGUGAUCCAAUCUGUUCCAGGCUAUACUUCCUGUCAGGUUGGCAAAAGGGUGUUGGAACAUCUCUGGACUUUACUAUUAUUGAAAACCAGCUGACUAUGUUUUCUAAAGCAGUACAAAUUCAGUAGUAUCUUUGGGGACUGAGAGGGGACUGAAGCCUGAUUGGAACUGACUAUCAGAAAGAGUAAAGUUGUUUUUUCAGUAGCUUUGCUAGAAGCUGUCUCAACUUAAUUAAAAAUAUCCUGGUGGGCAAUCAUUUGCAUAUGGAGGAGACUGGCUCAGUAAAAACCAAGUGCCCUUGCUGGUGUGGAGAAAUGCUCUGCUUCCCUACUUACCAGGUCUCAGCUGUUAGAAAUCACCCCACACGUUGGCAUUGAAGCACGAGGGCCAGUCCUGUGUGUCUGCUCCCCAUCUCUUCCUCCAGUAUAUUUCCAUGAUGCCCUGUUUUGUGAAAAAGCUAGCACCAUUUGUGGCUGGUGCUUUCCUAGGGAGAGCGCAGCUGUUCCAUGUUUUCUUUGACAGAUUAAUCCAAGGCCCUUUCUGUAACCCGUCCUGUAGGAUGCAUACCAAUAAAGCUACUUCUCUUGUUUUUUA